AUGAAUUUAUUACCGAAAACAUCUGAAGAGUUUGCUACGAAGGAAUAUUGGAAUAAAUUCUUUCAAAAGCGAGGAAAAUCUGCAUUUGAUUGGUACGGUGAAUAUCCAGAAUUAUGUGGAGUUUUAAGCAAAUACAUUAAAACAAUAGAUCAAAUUUUAAUGGUUGGCUGCGGUAAUUCGAAGUUAUCAGUUGAUAUGUUUGACGUAGGCUAUAAAUCGAUCACAAACAUUGAUAUCUCUGAAGUUGUCAUUGAGCAAAUGAAGAAAACAUAUCGCGAUCGUGGAGAUUGUAAAUGGAUAACAAUGGACGCGACUUCUAUGAGUUUCGACAACGAUUCUUAUUCUGUCGUGUUAGACAAAGGAACGCUCGAUGCAAUGAUGAGUGAAGAAAGUGAGUCGAUCAAUGAAAUGGUCGAGAAAUAUUUUUCAGAAGUGACAAGAGUGUUGAAGACCAUGGGGAGAUACGUUUGCGUGUCAUUGCUACAAGAGCACAUCAUAAAGUCACUUUUAGACUUCUUUCCGAAAAAUAAUUUCUUGUUUCGUGUUGUGAGAUGUCUGGAAGCUGAAUCAAAGACUUCCACUACAAAUGAAGAUGGUUCAUCAAUGCCAGUGUUUCUUAUUGUUGCUACAAAGUUAAUGAAACUUCCAAAUGUUAUUCUUGAGAUUUCACAUGAUGGUGAGGCGAUUGAGAGACUUCAAGAUGCAAACGUUUUAACAAAUUCCAUUCUCACAACACAACGAGCUUCAAUGAUUCGCAAUGGUCUAAUAAGAAAAAGUAAUUUCGAUGAUGAAAUCAAUUUCGAUCUUUAUCGUCCCAAUGAAAAUAUUCCUCGAUUUUCACUUUUCAUUCUCGAUCAGAAAAUGUCAGCCAAGGGCGGUGAUUAUGCGGCUUUCAUUUGUCCACAAGGCCGUGAAUGUGAAUGGCUUUUUGCUUCAAAGCAAGGAAGACGAAAACUUCUCGAAUCAGCACAACAUUCACGUUUAGCGAUUGUUACGAUGCAUCGAGAUCAAACUUACACAUCGCUUGAUGAUGUCAAAUUAGAGUUGAAUGAAACAGUCAAAUCUUUUGCUCCGAGAAAUUUAAAAGAUUCAAGUAAAAUUCCAUUCCUCUCUUUGGGAUCUGAUGUUGGCACAAGGAAGAUCAUCUGUAGGGGAAGAAGCGGUUUAUCCGGUGAAUUUGUCGUUGAAGAUGUUACAUUAGAUACUGGAAAAACUUUCAGACGUUUAAUUUUCCUCAGCAAUCAAAACGUCAUUCAAUCAGAAGCGAUGCUUAGAAAUGUGAAGAAGAAGAAUGUGAUUGACUUCAGUUUCUUAUCGUGUCAACAUCACGCUUAUAUGAUUCUUGGCAUGCAAACAGUGCCAUCAAAACAUAAGCAUUUGGUCAUUGGAUUGGGUGGCGGAGGUUUAAUCAACUUCAUUUAUCAUCAUUUGAAAGAUUUCAAUACAACUGUCGUUGAAAUUGAUCCAGAAAUUGUAAACAUUGCGAAGGAACAUUUUGGCGUUGUUGAAGAUAAAAGUCGAAUGGAAAUUGUUGUUGAUGAUGGUUUGGAUUACCUCAAAAAGAUGUCAGAAGAUAAAAAAUUGUUUCAAUCAAUUCUCUUUGAUGUUGAUAGUAAAGAUCAAUCAUUUGGCAUUAGUUGCCCACCAAAAGAAUUUUUAGAAAUUGAAAUUCUUGAAAUUGUUAAAAUUUUACUUCCAUCGAAUGGAAUCUUCAUAUUAAAUUUACUUUGUCGCGAUCAGGACAGUCGAGAACAAGCGAUUGUGAAGUUAAAGAAAAUGUUCUCGUCUGUUUAUUCUUAUAAACUUGAAGAAGAUGUCAAUGAAAUCUUUUAUUGCUUCAAAGAAAAUCCUCCAAAGAUUGAAGAAACUUUCAAGCAAUCUGGAAAGAAACUCAACACAAUUAAGAAAGAAACAAUCGACAUCAGCAAUUUAAUGAAAAACUUUAAAUUGAUUUGA